CCCUUGGCGAGAGAGAGGAGGCGAGGAGGCUGGACAUUGCAUUGCAUUUGAUCAGUUGAUUGGACUUAGCAUCAGCGAAGACCAUGAAGACGUUCGCCGCUUGCACGCUUGCUCUUGUCGCCGGUGACUUGGCUGCCGCUUUUACGGGCCCCCUGGCUCCCCGCACCGGAGCUACCAGCGUUGCCCGUGCAUCCUCGAGCUCGGCGGUGUGCAUGUCCGUGGGAGACGAGGCGAUGUCCCGGAAGAACGCGAUCGCGGCGUUUUCCGCGGGGGCCGCGGCGGUGCUCGGCGCGGCGGCGGUGCCGGCGGCGGUUUUCGCAGCGGAGGAAGCGGCAGCUCCCGCCCCCGCCGCUGUCUCUGCAGACGGGCCGCCCAACGACUGGGGAUUGACCAAGCAGUAUUACCCGGAUGCCUCCAAGAUGGUUAGGCACAUGAGGUACUGCACCAACAUGGAGAAGGGAGACCCCAACAUGGCGGAUAUUGCCAACAACUGCAAGAAGGAGAUGGUGGAGUUCGUGUCUAACUACCGCCGCUCGACCAACAUCAACGGCAAGCUGUCGUACUCCAACCUCUACACGUCCAUCUCGGUGCUGGCUGGACACUACGCCUCGUACGGCCCCAAGUUCCCUGUACCCGAGAAGCGCCGGAAGCGCCUGUUGCAGGAGUACACCGACAUCGAGCGAGCGAUCAAGCGCCAGCGUUAACUUCGCGCCCGCUUCAUCUCGUCUUGUAGCUUCGGCGUUGUCGAGGGUAAGACCGGCAGUUGAUGGGAGCAUGACUGAUGCUAGCCGAGUGGGUGGCCGUUUCGUAAAUAGAGGGACAAAGGGUGUCUCCUCGGUUUUGCGGAAAAUAUAUUUCAGGUUCGCGAUUGGGUAGGCGGCUGCCACGUGGGGAGGGGGGGAGGGUUAGGGAACACCUUAGACCGAACUGAUUUAAAGGAGGGCGCGCGUUUCACUAGAGGCAUGGAACAAGUGACCGCUUUCUCUGUUGAUGGCGCGACGCUUUGUGCGUGCUCGAAAACGUGCGUCGAUAUGUGAAAUAGAGUUCUUGAAACGGUUUGAGAACAAAGAACGUCACGCCCCCCCCCCCUACCAGCCCCACCUUUACCAGUUCGAAGUUGUGAUGGUCUUUAGCGAUGUUUCUUCCUGUGUUCGGGUGUCCGCGGGGGGCAGCAACUACUAGACGCGUUGUUUUUGUUGUUUUGUUUGGCCUGGUGUUUCCGAGUAUGAAGAAAAGAUGGCCAGGCACAGCUGCUGAUUGGUUGGUUAGUUCACAGGAACUUGGAAAACCUAGCAAGGGUGCACGCAUUCGGCAGUUAAUGACGUGUCUUUGGGUGGGAAUCCAGGAGUAAUCACAGCGCAAGCAUUAUCAACCACACCACAAGAAAUCAGCUCCGUUUGCUUGGCAUGUCACAAUCAGCAUUAUGAUUGAAAAGAGAAAGUAAGCUUGCAAAUGGUAUCAGCACGCCGUCGACAUUUGAUCGCGAGAAGGAUGUGGCCUGCCUUUCGAGAGGAACAAACAGAACGGGUUCGGCCGGUAGGGUAGCCUUCUAUCGGCUCUUCCCUUGAACAUGUUGCAGUCGAUUUGCUCAAAAGGGCUUCAUGUACCCAGGGACACACGGUGGAUUUGCUUGCUAAGGGCUUCAUCCACACUUGACGGGCCAUUUGAGCGAGUCAGACCGUCGAGAAUCUCCUGCAAGGGGGCAGCCCGGCCAUAAAAUCGGGACGACUGGAUUGGCUAGGCUACAGCUUGAUCUCCUCUUAUUGUUUGAUGAGUGCCGGUGCCGGAGAGAUGCCACACAGUUAAUUGCGGGUAUGCAUGAAGGGAGCCGUGCAGACACGUCGUGUCCGAAGGGCACGCCGGCUGCUGCACUAUAUUCGC